AUGCCAGAAACUAGAAUUGAAGUAGAUGGGUUUGGGGAAUUAGAAGUCCCUGCUAAUAAAUAUUGGGGUGCUCAAACUCAAAGAGCUUUAAACAAUUUCCAUAUUGGUGGGGAAAGAGAACGUAUGCCUGAACCACUAAUCUUGGCUUAUGGGAUAUUGAAAAAAUCAGUUGCCAUUGUUAAUGAAUCAUUAGGAACUUUGGAUCCCAAGAUUUCCAAAGCUAUCCAAGAAGCUGCCGAUGAAGUCGCAAAGGGCUCAUUGAAUGAACAUUUCCCAUUAGUAGUUUUCCAAACCGGUUCUGGUACUCAAACUAAUAUGAAUGUCAAUGAGGUUAUUUCAAACAGGGCAAUUGAAAUAUUAGGUGGCCAACUGGGUUCAAAGACUGUCCAUCCUAAUAAUCACGUUAACCAAUCUCAAUCUACAAACGAUUCUUUCCCUACUGCUAUGCAUAUUUCUGCUGUCCGUGAAGUUGUAUUCAAAUUGCUUCCAGAAUUAGAAAAAUUAAGAGAUGCCUUGAAGGAUAAAUCUAUUGAAUUCAAUAAAAUUGUUAAAAUUGGUAGAACUCAUCUUCAAGAUGCUACUCCAUUAACUUUAGGCCAAGAAUUCUCUGGGUAUGUGCAACAAGUGGAAAAUGGUAUUACACGUGUCCAAAAUUCUUUAACUAAUUUGAAAUUUAUUGCUCAAGGUGGUACCGCUGUAGGUACUGGGAUAAAUACUAAAAAAGACUUCGACAUUCUUGUUGCCAAGCAGAUUUCUUUGGAGACUGGUAUUGAAUUUAAAACAGCUCCAAACAAAUUCGAGGCACUAGCAUCUCAUGAUGCUAUUGUGGAAUGUAGUGGUGCUUUAAACACUUUGGCUUGUUCUUUAUUUAAAAUUUCUCAAGAUAUUAGAUUCUUAGGUUCAGGUCCAAGAUGUGGUUAUGGUGAAUUAUCCUUACCUGAAAAUGAACCAGGUUCCUCUAUCAUGCCUGGUAAGGUCAAUCCAACUCAAAAUGAAGCCAUGUGCCAAGCUUGUAUUCAAGUCAUGGGUAAUAAUAGUGCUAUCACUUUCGCAGGUGCAUCAGGUCAAUUUGAAUUAAAUACUUAUAAACCUUUAAUGAUUUCCAAUCUAUUGAAUUCUAUUAGAUUAUUAACUGAUUCUUGUAACUCUUUCCGUAUUCAUUGUAUUGUUGGAAUUAGGGCAAAUGAAGAUAAAAUUAAUAAACUUUUAAACGAAUCGUUAAUGUUGGUAACUGCCUUGAAUCCAAAGAUUGGUUAUGAUGCGGCUACUGCGAUUGCCAAAGAUGCUCAUAAAAAUGGAUUAACUUUAAAAGAAGCUGCAUUGAAAUCUAAAUUACUAACAGCUGAACAAUUCGAUGAAUGGAUCGUACCAGAAAGUAUGGUUCAUCCAAGCGAAUAA